UGGCUGUGUAGAUGCAUAUAUGGUAUGUGUGUUUUUUAUAUUGGAUAGUAGUCGGUUAAAGGGCAGGGGGAGAAGGGAGAAGGGAGAAGGGAGAAAGAGGGCAAACACGAAAGAUGCAUUCCUUCGGUUACAGAGCCAAUGCUCUCCUAACCUUUUCUCUCACUAUUCUUGCUCUCAUGUGCGCCAUGGCUUCUGUUUCCGACAAUCUCAACUCUCAAUCCCCAACUGCCACCGUCCAGGUCUUGAAUGUUAAUCGGUUCCAGAAGAAAUCAAACGGAGAUGAUGAGGUUGGAAUUACACUGGAUAUAUCUGCAGACCUACAAUCAUUGUUUACGUGGAAUACCAAGCAGGUUUUUGUAUUUUUAGCUGCUGAGUACAGUACUCCAAAGAAUUCCCUGAAUCAGGUUUCAUUGUGGGAUGGUAUCAUACCAGCAAAAGAAGAUGCAAAAUUUUCCAUAAAAACCAAGAACAAGUACCGAUUCAUUGAUCAGGGAAGUAACCUUCGCGGGAGAGAUUUUAACUUGAGUUUGCACUGGCACGUGAUGCCAAAAACUGGUAAGAUGUUUGCGGACAAACUAGUCUUGCCCGGUUAUCGCUUACCAGAGUCAUACAGAUGACGCUAAUACCAUAUGAUGAUUUGAUGACAAUAGCCAGACAAAUCACCUUGUUUGAUGAUUACUUGAACCAGAGAAACUAAAGGGAAAUCUUACUUGUGAAACUAUGGUCAUGUGAAGUAGACAUACUCUCUUUUUUAUUCCCUUUUUUUGGUUGUUUAAGGUUUAAAGCCAGUUUGUGAACCAACGAACGGAGACUUUUUGUCUUAAAUUGAAAAGAAAAACAUGUUUAACAGACUCUAAUGGCAUGUUUAUUAACAAUUUAAUGGGA